CUGGCCAGUCGUGUUGCUGACAUAAUUCAAUGAGGAAAACAGGCUCAAAACUCCUCAAAUUAAUGGAAAGCAGUUUUCUAUGCUGCAUCAGAAAGAGACAGGUUACCGAUAUAGUGUUUAGAAGUAAAAAAGUGACAACCUGUUGCCAUGUCUCAACUCUAAGAGAGAGCUAGGUCGGAAGUUUGUCUACGUUUUCUUCCUUCGCUUGCUUCAAAGACAAGAUGAAUGUCUUUAAGUGAAAAUGGUUCUGAGUGGCCAUCAGAAGCCUCCUAAACUGGAGCGCCUGGAGUCAGUCAUGAGCCAGUUCUCUGGCAGCCUGGACCAAGAUGAACUACAUGACGACCCAGAAGAACUUGACAUGAGCUGUCAUACUGACCUCUGUGGCAGUAAACCCCUGGAAACAAGGACGACCUCCUUUCAGGCAAUAUACAACUUUCUUCCAUUUAAAUCGAUGGAUGGUGUUAUAUUUCUUGAAGAUGUGCCAAUCGUGGUGCAGGUGACAGAAGUGGAAAGAUUCACAUCCAAAAGGGUGCUGAAUCCCAACCUGUACACCAUAGAGUUGAGCCACGGAGACUUCAAAUGGAAAAUCAAGCGGCGUUUCAAGCACUUUCAGGGGCUUCAUCAGGACCUGCUCAGAUUCAAGGCACUCUUAAAUAUUCCCCUGCCAAGUCGAAUGCACUCUGUAAAAAGGAGGUCAUUCAAGGGCCGCAAAAGAUUUCACGGAGAACACAUACCUAUGUUACCACGGAGACCUGAUGCCCUAGUCAAGGAGGAACAGCUGAUGAACAGAAAUAUGCAACUUGAAGACUAUCUGAGGAAUGUAUUAAAAAGGCCUUUGUACAGGACACAUCCUUCAACGCUUGAGUUCCUGGAAGUGAGUCAGAUCUCAUUUAUCCAGGACCUGGGACCAAAGGGAAUUGAAGGUCUAAUCCUAAAGAAAUCAGGAGGAAACACAUUCCCUGUGUGUUACUGGUGUGGAUCCAACAGCGUCUGUUACCGUUGGUCCAGAAGAUGGCUGGUGGUAAAAGACUCCUUUGUUCUCUACAUGAGGCCGAAGGAUGGCCAAGUAGGUACAGUGAUGCUGUAUGAUAAGGGAUUUCACAUCAAAAUAGGGACCAGAGAGACCGGAGUCAGACACGGAGUGACUGUUGAGAAUUUAUGCAGGGCACUUACUAUUAAGUGCUCCACACAUAGACAGGCUCGUUGGUGGGGUCACUCCAUAGAUGAGUUUGCUCAAAUGUUCGGGCAAGACUAUCUGAGAGAGAACCGCCAUGGGUCAUUCACACCUGUGAGAGAAAACACUACAUCAAAAUGGUUUGUCAACGCAGCUGGAUACUUUGAUGCUAUAGCAGAUGCCCUGGAAGGUGCAAAGGAAGAAAUCUUCAUCACAGCCUGGUGGUUGAGUCCAGAAAUCUUCCUCAAGCGACCGGUGGUGGAUGGGAACAUGUGGAGAUUGGAUCAUGUCCUCAAGCGCAAAGCACAACAAGGAGUGAAGAUUUUUGUCCUGCUUUACAAAGAAGUGGAGGUAGUGAUGGGUCUGAAUAGUGAAUACACGAAGAAGACCCUUAUUGGGCUCCAUUCAAACAUCAAGGUCAUCCGACACCCCGAUCACAUGCCGUCCACAGCACUGCUCUGGGCUCACCAUGAGAAGUCAGUGGUGAUUGACCAGUCGCUGGCUUUCCUGGGAGGCAUUGACCUGGCCUACGGAAGAUGGGACGACUCUCAACACAGGCUGACUGAUGUGGGAAGUGUCAGAAGAAGCCCACAGCCCAGUCCCGCUCUUUCUCCCAGUUUUACUCAUCAGUCAGUGGCCACAGUGGAGGAGGAUGAGGAGAUGAAGUUUAGAGCGGUGGGUGAAGGGGGAAAAGUAGGAGAUUUAGGCUCGGUGGGGAAUCCACAGGAGAGCAGUGGGAGCUUCACCCUUCACAUGAUGGAGGAACCGGGAGAGACCAACAUGAGCCUCACCCUGUCCACAGAAAGACGAAAAAAACCCACAGAGGAGAAGAGUCGCAACAGUCCUGAUGGAUCUGAGUACAAAUAUUACAGUAGCAGGAAUAGUCUUAAUUCCAGGACACAACUGGCUCGGGAAUGUUACACCAAGAGUUUGUCCCUCAAUUCAAGUGACUCAUAUUAUCCUGGGCUGCAUCACUCUCUCCCUCUGCCUUACGAGACCAGUUCCCUCAGAAGUUACGUAGGCAGUGCUGAACUCUAUGGAGAAACGCGUUUCUGGCAUGGCAAAGAUUAUUGCAACUUUAUUCUUAAAGACUGGGUCAAACUCAACAAACCUUUUGACGAUUUCAUUGAUAGGUAUAAGACACCGCGGAUGCCCUGGCAUGACGUCGGGGUGGCGGUUCAUGGGAAAGCUGCGAGAGAUAUCGCAAGACAUUUUAUCCAAAGGUGGAAUUUUGCAAAGUUGGUGAAGAAGCGGUCGGGGGCGAUGUGCUACCCCUACCUCGUGCCCAAGUCUCUCUCCGCGCCCAUGGUGCCAGCCGAAUAUUACGGCAGAUCCACCCGAGGUAACGUUCAGAUUUUGAGGUCUGUGUGCCAGUGGUCUACGGGCUCAAAGGUCCACGAGGAGUCGAUUCAUUUAGCUUAUAUAUCGGCCAUCCAGAACAGCAAACAUUUCAUCUACAUAGAGAAUCAGUUCUUCAUCAGCUGUUCUGACAAAACCAUCCACAACAGCAUUGGAGAUGCGAUCACAGAAAGAAUCCUGCGAGCGUAUAGGGAAAAGAAGACGUUUCGAGUUUAUGUGGUGAUGCCUCUGUUGCCAGGCUUUGAAGGUGACAUCUCAUCAGGGGAGGGCCAAGCCAUCAAAGCAAUCAUGUACUUUAAUUACAGGACAAUGUGUCGAGGGGAGCACUCGAUUGUUGAGAGGCUCAAAUGUGUGAUGGCAGAUUGCUGGAUCAAGUACAUCUCAUUCUGCGGCCUGCGCACUCAUGCUGACCUGGAUGGGCGUCUGGUCACUGAACUAAUUUACGUUCACAGCAAGCUCAUGAUCGUGGACGACUGCACUGUCAUUAUUGGCUCGGCAAACAUCAAUGACAGGAGCAUGCUGGGAAAGAGAGACAGUGAAAUGGCUGUGAUUGUUGAAGACACAGAUUUCCAGCCCUCUGUAAUGGAUGGAGAGGAUUAUCAAGCUGGCAGGUUUGCUCUGUCUCUGCGAAAAGAAAGCUUCAGGCUUGUUCUUGGCUUGCUGGGAGACAACAGCAUAGACAUCAGUGAUCCCAUCAGUGACAGAUUCUACAAGGAAAUCUGGAUGGUGACCGCUGCCAAGAACGCUUGUGUGUAUGACAAGGUCUUUAGAUGUUUGCCCACUGAUGCAGUUUUGAAUUAUAAGGUUCUGAGGGACUACAUGUCCCAGCCCUGCAUGGCUACUGAGGAUCCUGCCCAGGCCUUCGUGGAACUCAAGAAGAUACGUGGCUAUCUGGUCCAGUUCCCUUUAUACUUCCUCUUUGAAGAGAAUCUCUUCCCUUCUUUCAACUCUAAAGAAGGAAUCAUGCCUAUUGAGCUGUGGACAUAGGACACUUU